AUGGCGACGAGCCGUCGCUCCAUGCUCCAAAAUGAACCAAGUUCUCCUUCUCACAACGAUCCUGGUCGAGAUUUAUUCGAAGCUUGUAGAAACGGAGAUUUGAACAAAGUAAAGAAACUAGUAAAUCAUCAUAAUGUGAACGCGAAAGAUACUGCUGGAAGAAAGUCGACCCCUCUUCAUUUCGCUGCAGGAUUUGGGCGAAAGGACGUUGUUGAGCAUUUAUUGGAGUGUGGAGCAAACGUCCAUGCAAAGGACGAUGGAGGACUAAUUUCUCUACACAAUGCAUGCUCCUUUGGACAUGCAGAAGUGGUACAGCUUUUGUUACGUAAUGGUGGGGAUGCCAAUGCUCGUGACAACUGGAACUAUACUCCUUUACAUGAGGCUGCCAUCAAGGGAAAGAUAGAUGUUUGUAUUGUACUUCUACAACACUUUGCUGACCCCAACAUCCGCAACACUGAUGGCAAGAUGGCAGUGGACCUGGCUGACCCUUCUGCCAAAGCUGUACUCACCGGCGAGUACAAGAAGGAUGAGUUGUUGGAGGCAGCUCGCAGUGGGAAUGAAGAUAAGCUCAUGUCCCUCCUUACCCCUCUCAAUGUCAACUGCCACGCUAGUGAUGGACGCAAGUCUACGCCCCUACACUUAGCAGCAGGUUAUAACAGAACUCGUAUUGUAGCACUUUUACUACAACAUGGAGCUGAUGUCCAUGCUAAAGACAAGGGAGGCCUUGUUCCACUCCACAAUGCCUGCUCAUAUGGCCAUUUUGAAGUGACAGAAACACUACUUAAAGCCGGAGCAAGUGUCAAUGCCAUGGAUCUAUGGCAAUUCACCCCUCUCCAUGAAGCUGCAUCCAAGUCCCGUGUGGAGGUGUGCUCUCUCCUCCUUGCACAUGGGGCUGACCCCACUCUUGUCAACUGUCACUCCAAAAGUGCUAUAGAUGUAGCUCCUACUCGGGAGCUACAGGAGAGGCUACAGUAUGAGUUCAAAGGUCACUCAUUACUGGAAGGUUGUCGCCAAGCAGACCUGACAAGAGUUAAGAAAUACAUGGAAGUUGUCAAUAUUAAACACCCUUACUCAGGAGACACAGCAUUGCACUGUGCUGCCUCCUCCCCCUUCCCUAAGAGAAAACAGGUAGUGGAGCUCCUAAUCCGUAAGGGAGCUAACCUCAACGAUAAAAACAAGGAUUAUGUCACCCCACUACACAUAGCUGCUGACAAGGCCCAUUAUGAUGUUAUGGAUGUCCUACUGAAACAUGGGGCCAAGGUGAAUGCCCUGGACAGUCUUGGACAGACAGCUUUACAUCGAGUGGCUCAGCAGGGCAACAUGCAGGCAUGUCGCCUACUUAUGUCCUAUGGAGUAGAUCCUGCCAUCGUCUCUCUCCAGGGCUACAUGGCUGCCCAGCUGGCUACAGAGAACAUUCAGAAGAUGCUCAAAGAAGACCCCCCAGUGGGAGGAACAGAUGUGGACAUACAACUGCUGGAGGCUGCCAAAGCUGGGGAUAUCGAGGUCAUCAAGAAGCUUGUUUCGGCCAAUCCCCAGUCAGUAAACUGCCGAGACCUUGAUGGUCGACACUCUACACCACUUCACUUUGCUGCUGGAUACAACAGGGUUGGAGUAGUGGAGUUCUUUCUACAGCAUGGUGCUGAUGUACAUGCCAAGGACAAAGGUGGUCUGGUACCAUUACACAAUGCCUGUAGUUAUGGACAUUUUGAGGUCACAGAACUUCUUAUCAAUCAUGGUGCUUGUGUCAAUGUUGCUGAUCUGUGGAAAUUCACACCUCUUCAUGAAGCAGCUGCCAAGGGCAAAUUUGAGAUCUGCAAACUUCUUCUCAAGCAUGGUGCUGAUGCUAAUAAGAAGAAUCGAGAUGGCAACACACCACUUGAUCUAGUCAAAGAUGGUGAUCAGGACGUGGCUGAUCUGCUCCGGGGUGAUGCAGCCUUACUGGAGGCAGCAAAGAAGGGGAAUUUAGCUCGUGUGCAAAAGCUAGCUUCCCAGGAAAACAUAAACUGUCGUGAUACACAAGGACGCAAUUCAACUCCUCUACAUCUUGCAGCUGGCUACAAUAAUGUUGAGGUUGCUGAGUUUUUACUGGAGAAUGGUGCUGAUGUCAACGCACAGGACAAAGGUGGUCUCAUACCCCUCCAUAAUGCUUCUUCUUACGGCCAUGUUGAUAUAGCAGCCCUGCUGAUUAAGUUUAACACCUGUGUAAAUGCUGUAGACCGAUGGGGAUUUACCCCUUUACAUGAAGCAGCACAGAAAGGUCGAACUCAACUCUGUGCCUUGUUGCUUGCACACGGAGCAGACCCAACAAUGAAGAACCAGGAAGGACAAACACCAUUAGACCUUGCAACAGCAGAUGAUGUUAAUGCGCUGAUACAGGAUGCCAUGCCCCCCACCACACAACCCCCAACCCUCCCUAAAUCACAGGUUACCAGUGUUAAUACCACCAACACCAGUAGUGCUAGUAGUUCGUCAAAUAACAGUUCAAUGUUCAACAGUACUAAUGACAAUGGGACGGGUAUGUCCUCACUGGGAGCUACAGGAGGAAUUUCACUGCCAGUGUCACCACAGGUGGGAGAUGGGGCCAUGGAACGUACAAUGGCUGAAGGAGAACGUAGUAUAGAGGGUGUUAGUGUGUCCUCGUUCUUAACCUCAGUGGGACUCGAUCAGUUACGAGAUAUUUUUGAGAAAGAACAAAUAACAAUGGACAUUCUUGUGGAAAUGGGCCAUGAUGAACUUAAAGACAUUGGUAUCAAUGCUUAUGGCCAUCGCCACAAGAUUCUCAAAGGUGUGGAGAAACUCAUCUCCGGAAAUAAAGGUCAGUCCUCCAUAUUGGCAGCAGUUCCACACCAAGGUACUGUCCUUGUUGACCUACAGCCAGAUGACCCAGAAUAUAUAUCUGUGGAGGAACAGAUGCAAAGUACAAUACGAGAACAUAAAGAAAAUGUAGGAGGAAUUUUCAACCGUUAUAAUAUUAAUAAGAUCCAGAAGAUCAGUAAUAAGCGCCUUUGGGGUAGAUAUUGUCAUCGACGGAAAGAAGUCUCAGAAGAAAACCACGGCCAUGAGAAUGAACGCUUACUGUUCCAUGGCUCACCUUUCAUCAACGCCAUUGUACACAAAGGCUUUGACGAGCGACAUGCUUAUAUUGGGGGCAUGUUUGGAGCAGGUAUCUACUUUGCUGAGAACUCGUCCAAAAGUAACCAGUAUGUGUACGGUAUAGGCGGCGGUACUGGUUGUCCUCUUCACAAGGACCGGUCUUGUUACAUCUGUCACAGACAACUGCUGCUGUGUCGAGUGACACUUGGAAAGUCUUUCCUUCAGUUUAGUGCAAUAAAGAUGGCACACUCACCGCCUGGCCAUCACUCUAUUAUUGGGCGGCCAAGCAGUGGAGGCCUUAUGUAUCCCGAGUACGUGGUGUACAGGGGAGAACAGGCUUAUCCUGAAUAUCUCAUCAGCUUCCAGAUUCUUAAACCAGACAGUCCAGAAUCAUCAACCACAGCAACGCCAAAGAAACCCUAGGUAUUCUAGGACUCAUUCAUAACAAUCAACUGUAGGCAAUGUGUGAUAGUCAUAUGGCAUCUCCUCAGUAGAAAUGGAUCUGCAAGGACACAUAAAACCUGGACCUAUUAGGACACCUCAACAAAGUCAACUAUGGACUUGUAAGGACACAUCUAGACCACAGAUCUGUCAGGAUACCUAACAAGGCCUACCAUUGACCUGUUAGGACACUUGUAGCAAAGCUGAUCACAGAUCUGUCAGGACACCUAACAAGGCCUACCAUUGACCUGUAAGGACACUUGUAGCAAACCUAAUCACAGAUCUGUCAGGACACCUAACAAAGCUGACCAUUGACCUGUUAGGACACUUGUAGCAAAGCUGAUCACAGAUCUGUCAGGACGCCUAACAAGGCCUACCAUUGACCUGUAAGGACACUUGUAGCAAAGCUGAUCACAGAUCUGUCAGGACACCUAUCAAAGCUGACCACUGUAGGACACCUGUAGCAAAGCUGAUCACAGAUCUGUCAGGACACCUAAAAAAGCCAACCACAAACCUGUUAGGACACCUCUAACAAAGCCUACCGUUAACCUGCAGGGACACAAAUUUCACCAAUUACUUAUUAUGACUCAUAGAUCUAACAAAGUCGAUCAUUAAUCUGCUAAGACACAUAAAUCUAACAAAAUCGAUAAUGGAACAGCCAGUGCACACAACUCUAAAAAAGGCGAUCAGGACCUGCUAUGACAAAGAUCCAACAAAAUCUACUGUGGACCAGCUAGGACACAUAGAUCCAACAAAGUCAACUGUGGACCUACUAGGACACAUAGAUCCAACAAAGUCAACCGUGGACCUUCUAGGACACAUAGAUCCAACAAAGUCAACUGUGGACCUACUAGGACACAUAGAUCCAACAAAGUCAACUGUGGACCUUCUAGGACGCAUAGAUCCAACAAAGUCAACUGUGGACCUUCUAGUACACAUAGAUCCAACAAAGUCAACAGUGGACCUACUAGGACAGAUAGAUCCAACAAAGUCAACUGUGGACCUUCUAGGACACAUAGAUCCAACAAAGUCAACAGUGGACCUGCUAGGACACAUAAAUCCAACAAAGUCAACAGUGGACCUGCUAGGAUACAUAGAUCCAACAAAGUCUACUGUGGACAGGCUAGGACACAUAAAUCCAACAAAGUCUGCUGUGGACCUACUAGGACACAUAGAUCCAACAAAGUCUACUGUGGACAGGCUCGGACACAUAAAUCCAACAAAGUCUGCUGUGGACCUACUAGGACACAUAGAUCCAACAAAGUCUACUGUGGACAGGCUCGGACACAUAAAUCCAACAAUGUCUACUGUGGACCUACUAGGACACAUAGAUCCAACAAAGUCAACAGUGGACCUGCUAGGAUACAUAGAUCCAACAAAGUCUACUGUGGACAGGCUAGGACACAUAAAUCCAACAAAGUCUGCUGUGGACCUACUAGGACACAUAGAUCCAACAAAGUCAACUGUGGACCUACUAGGACACAUAGAUCCAACAAAGUCAACUGUGGACUGGCUAGGACACACAGUUCCAACGCAGUUGAUCAUGGACUUUCUUGGACACAUAAGACAAAGUCAACUAUUGACCUGCUACAGGAUUAAUUUUACACAGACCGACUGUGGACCUAACAAAGCCAAACUGAGUCAUGGAAAUUUUGCAAGAGUGAGGAAUUCCAACAUAAGAAAAUUUUUAUAGGAAAUGAUAAAGUUUUACCUUAUUCAUACAGAGUAACAAAAUGAUUGAAAGCAGCUUCUGUUUUCACAUCACUAAAAGUGAUUUAAAAGGCAGAAAUUCCACUCCAAGAUAAGUUGUCCUAGUUCUGUUAAUGCUUUGCAUAUCAGUCUGAUCAUCAUCUCAUGUUACACUGAUCUGCAAGGUUUACAAAAACCUCAUAUUUUUUAAGCCAAGUUGAUUUUUUAAAUGCAGGUAAGCCGCCAUAAUGAUUUUUUGAAAUUCAGUACAAGGUAAGUUUGAAUUUUCUUAGGAUACAAAAACUCUAUUGAGAAUUUAUCCAUGUUCUCAGUAGUUUCACCCAUAUAAUGGAAAGUACAAUACAUAUGCAUCACUGAAGAUGGAAUGCCUAUCUGUAAAUUGUCCCAUCUAUGUUUUGGUUCAAAUUAUUAUCAUUAACUUUAUUCAUGACAUUGAAUUUUUAUGAAUCGCUUAUCGCCUGAUAGCAUACUACUUGGUUUUAGUAGUGUUUUUUAAGUUAAGAUUAACAAGAGGCUCAAAACUUACAAGGAUACUAUUUGUUUUUAGAAUCUUAUGUGGUGGGACUACACUGUUGAAAUUACACUGUGUUUGUGCGUGUGUGAAGUAUUGUUUUUCGAUAGUGUUACUAUGUAUCUCUCACAGAGAGUAACUGUGCCAUGUUUUCACCAAUGCAAUGUUCAGUAUGUACAAGUGUUCUAUUUUUGAAUCUACUGUAUAUGAAAUAUGUUAUAGGGCAUAAAUGAGAAAAUGUUAGCCUCCUCACACAAUGGAAUGAAUUUCCUACCCUGUACAUACCACUCUUCUCUGUAUAUAUUGUAAAUAUGUAAAUUGUGUCAAAUGAUCAUAUUUUUCUCACUAGAAAUGCAUAAUUUUCUGUCAUCUUGCCAAAUUCUCCUGUAUGGUUUAUUUAUACUCUUGAGAAAUAAGUGUCAGUUUUAUUUUCAUUGACAAAAAGAUCCAUACAGAGCUUAGUGUGAAUCUCCUGAUAUUGAUUAGAAUAUACAUAAAGGCUGUCUUUUAAUCAUUGACUUAUUGUUUUUUAUAGAAAACAAGUUGAUUUUAAGUUGUGUGUACUGGUAAUUGAUGCUUGUAGCCUCGUGUUUCAGACAGAUGAAAUAGUCCAUUACUUUAAGGCUGAUGUUAAACAUGUGAACUUGAUACAAUUGGAUCUUUCAUCAUGCAGUUGACAAGGGUUGAAAAAAAAAUGUUUGCACACUAUACAAAAAAAUGAAAAAACAUUUGUAUGAGACUCUUAGUCCUAACCAUUUAGGAUAUGAUCUUAUUGAAGUCCUGUAAUUAAUGGGAUAACUGUUUCAGAUAACAGAAAUAUGCUACUUAGUUGGGAAAACAUGACAACUCUUUGGAGUUUUGACACUUUUGAAACUCCAAAAAUUCUGCAUGAGGACAGAUUAUCAACAAGUUUGCAGAGAUUAUGUUAAAAGAAAUAUCAUUUACAACUCAUGCAUUGCUUAUUAAAAAGUUGUAGAGCUGUUGUUAUUAAGAGAAAGUAAAUCAUUCAGUUAUCACUAUAUUGUUAGGCUUUUGUUUUCACCAGAAACUCUCACUGUUACAGCUACACAACAGUAUCGUACUAGGUUCUUAACAAGUUUCACAAAGAGGUACAACACUACCUAUACUACUAAGUAGUAUAUGUCUUACUGCCUUGUUAGCCAUAUUUAUCAACCUUGUAACAAAUUGCUUGCAAUUAAAUUGACAAAUUAUAGCUUGGAGUAUUUCCAUCAUAGGUGUGUAUAAAUGUAUAUUGUAAAUUGUGUCACUGUUCGUAGGUGAGAGAGAGCAAUGCAAUGUAAUAGUUUAAGAAAAGGGGAUAUGAUUUUUUUUCUGCCCUCUUUAGUGCAUUUAUAGUAUGUAAAAUGUAUAUUGGAAUGUCAAGCGAGAGGAGAUGUUGCCAGACAUGUGUGGAGUGUGACAGAUGGUGCGAUUGAGUGUGUACAGUAAUUUAACUCUGUGUUGUAUAUAGUCCUGCCCACUGUGUGUAUCUAGCUGCCGUUUUAAAUCUCUUGACUUCUAAAGGCUUCCUAUACAUCAUUUUGUCACAUGUUUUAAUGUAACUACUCAAUAAUAAACCAACUCUGUUGAAGUCCAAUAUUA